UGUUUUGUGUUCAAAUACAUAUUGAAACUAUCUGCCAUUGGAUAAAGGAUUCUUUUUUUUUUUUUUGGUUUCUCGCCCGGUAUCCGAAGCUUCGCCCCGACUAAUCCAAACCCGACCUACGUCGCGCACCUGGAAAUGGUGGAGGCGGCUCCUCCUAUCGCUUUCUCGCCGGAGGCAACCCUUUGCUACAGCCACAAGAAUGGUCUCAACUACCAGCAACAACAAAGAGAAGAAAAAGAAGGUGAUGGUGAUAUCUGGGCCUACAGGGGCUGGCAGCAAUAUUUCAGAAACAAGCUUAACCGUGUUGAGGAUGAUAUGUUCAUGUUCAUUUUAGAGCCUCCUGGGACAGUUCACCGUGGUCUAGAUAUUGGAUCUGCAAAGCCUCCCCUCAGUGACAGAAAGGAAGUGCCACACCAUCUGGUGGACAUAUUGGAUCCAUUUGAAGACUAUUCUGUAGGACAAUUUUUUGAGGAUGCCAGGCAGGCAACAAGAGAUGUUCUUGACAGUGGCCAUGUUCCUAUAGUCACAGGCGGAACUGGCUUGUAUUUACGAUGGUUUGUAUAUGGAAAACCAGAUGUUCCAAAAGCUUCUACAGAAAUUGCUGCUAAAGUACAUGCAGAGAUAGCAGAUUUUGAGAGAGAUGGGGAAUGGGAUGCUGCUGUGGAAAUGGUGGUUAAGGCAGGAGAUCCAAAAGCUAGGCCAUUGCCUGUCAACAACUGAUAUUGAUUUCGUCACAGCCUUGAGAUAAUCAAGUAUUCCAUCUUCUAAGCGGUAGCUUGAUGCUAGUUUCCUCAGAAUUCUAUACAAGACAGUUAUAAAUUUCGAUUUAUACACAAGAGCUGGGGGAGGUUGGUUGCAAGAAUUUGGGUUCAGGACUUGUGAUUGUUGAUUGGUUUCAAUUUCAUUGGAUGGUUUGUUAGCCAUUCGUUCAUGUCUUGACAAUCUAGAGCUUGACUUGUGAUUUUUAUUUUGCAAAUGGCUCUGCUCAUAAUUCUAUUUUUCUAGUGCAAGAGUUAUGCUUCAAUAUAUGGAUAUACUUAUCUUGAAACCCACAAGCAGCAAUCUCUUAUGAAGAAAGCUUUUCCUUUUUUGGUUUUUGUGCUAUUGCCAGCAACUUGGUGGCUCUAUGAUCAUUGAUUCUUCCUAUUUCUAUUUUUCUACAAGGAUCAUGUCUUAUUUAGUUUAUUUGGAUAAAUUUUUAGGUGGAUGUGGAGCCAAAUAUGCCUAUAGUGCGGUGGCUGCUUUCAAUAAUAUCUACGAAGCAAUGGAUUCUUAUGAAGAUGAGCAGAAUUGAUGCAAUGAAAAGAUUAGUGAGAA